AUGCAGAAUAGAUACCCUAAGCUAUUUGAUAGUUCAGGUAGGAGCAUUGUUGAAAAUAUACUACUAGCUCAGGAAAUUAUUAGGGAUAUCAUUCUGAGAGCUAAACAUGUGAAUGUAGUGAUAAAGCUUGAUAUGUCAAAGGCCAAUGAUAGGCUUUCAUGGUUGUUCUUAACAAAAGUGCUGAGACAUUUUGGAUUCUGUGAAACAUUGAUUGAUAUGGUAUGGAGAUUGGUUUCCAAUAGCUGGUACUUAGUUCUAAUAAAUAGUAACAGCCAUGGUUUCAUCAGAUCCACAAGAGGAGUGAAGCAGGGAGAUCCACUAUCUCCUACAUUAUUCAUACUGGAUACAGAAGUGUUGGCAAGGAGUUUGAAUAGCCUUCAUGACAAGCCUCAGUUCAGUGGUUAUGGAUUACCCAAAUGGAGCCCUCAUGUAAAUCCUUUAUCCUAUGCUUAUUAUACAAUACUGUUUUAUUCAGUAGAGGCCAAUUCUUUGAGAAUGAUAAUGAAGAUUUUAUGA